GCGGAUUUGAAUAACUUUGAUAUAAUUUGGUGCUAAAUGCGACACAUUUUACUUCCUGGCUUUAAAUUUUAACGUUUUAUUCCUGAAAACUUACUUUAAAAAAAAAAGCGAAAUGUAAAUAAUGUUGUAGUAGUUUCGAGCACUUUUGUCCCAGGUUGCUUGCCGUAGCUUUAGCAUUAGCCUGCUUGUUGCUAUCAUGGAUUAGCUCCUUCGGCGGCCUGUUACUGCCGUGAGCUGUUCGGUUAUUGUCGGUAUGUGAACGCGCAUGCUCAGUGAGCAGCGGCGGGUUUCUGCCGCCGGCUGUGGUUCCGCUUCCAGGAGCAGAAAACGGCUCCCAACAUGUCGUCCGGUUCCACCGGAGCUGUGCUGCUGCUGCUCGCCUUCUCUCUGUUGGCGUGUUUAUGCCUCCACUACGUGUCCAGGCUCGAGUCCGGACCGGUUCGGUGGGUUCACGACGAGCAGCGCGAGCUCUCAGCACACCAACGGCUCGUUUAUGAGGCAGCAGGGCGGCAGAACACUUCCGGGAGGGCUGUGCACCCGCAAACAUCCGGGGUUUACGGAGACCGUGAAUGCACCAUGGCCCCAGAGGCUCGGUUCGACUGCGGCAGAGACCGGAGCCUGACCCGGGGGGAGUGCGAGGGGAGGGGGUGCUGCUACGCCCCUCUGGCCGGGUCUGCAGGCCCACCCUGGUGCUUCUACCCCCGGCUGUACCCGGGCUACACCAUGGGCCCCCUGACGCCCACCGCCCGGGGCCAGACCGCCUCCCUGACCCGCAGACAGCCCUCCUAUCUGCCCAGAGACGUGUCCAGUCUGAGGCUGGAGGUGACAGAGGAGACCGCAGGCUGCCUGCACCUCACUCUGAAGGACGCAGCGUCUCAGCGGUAUGAAGUUCAUCUUCCAGGUGGAAUUCCUGAGAGCAGAGCUGAUAACCAGAGCGUCCUCUACGCCACCGAGUACCGGUCGGACCCGUUCGGCUUCAUAGUGCGACGAAGAUCAAACGGGAGAGUCAUAAUGAACACCACCGUCGCCCCUCUGCUGUUUGCUGAUCAGUACCUGCAGCUCUCCACCACGCUGGCCUCCUCCCUGGUGUCCGGCCUCGGAGAACAUUACACCUCCAUCCUCCUGGACCUCAACUGGACCUCUCUGACUCUGUGGAACAGAGACAUGGCGCCGCAUGCCGACGCCAACCUCUACGGCUCACAUCCGUUCUACGUCGUGCAGGAAGACGACGGCUUCGCUCACGGAGUUUUCCUUCUCAACAGCAACGCAAUCGAGGUGAUGCUGCAGCCGGCGCCUGCUCUGACCUGGGUGUCCACCGGAGGGAUCCUGGAUCUCUACAUUUUCUUGGGUCCUGACGCCCACAGCGUCAUACGACAGUACCUCAGCAUCAUCGGACGUCCCAUGAUGCCUCCCUACUGGUCGCUGGGCUUCCACCUGUGUCGCUGGGGCUACACAACAUCCAACACGACCCGCAGAGUCGCACAACGCAUGCACGACGCCAACCUUCCCCUGGACGUGCAGUGGAAUGACCUGGACUACGCAAACAAGCGCAGGGUGUUCACCUUCGACCCGUGGCGAUUCGGAGACCUCCCGGAGACGGUGGACGGGUUUCACCAGAGAGGCAUGAAGUACAUCCUGAUCCUGGACCCGGGGAUCAGCAGCACCGGCGCCCCUGGAACUUACCCGCCCUUCGACGACGGACUGAAACGAGAUGUGUUUAUAAAAAAUGCAACAGGAGGCAUUCUGAUAGGGAAGGUCUGGCCCGGCCCGACCGCCUUCCCCGACUUCACCAACCCAGAGACCAGGCAGUGGUGGGAGGACUGCAUCAGAGCGUUUUACGCCAAAGUUCCCGUGGACGGUCUGUGGAUUGACAUGAAUGAACCGGCCAGCUUCGUGCAGGGCUCGGUGGAGGGUUGUCCUGAUAGCGAUCUAGAGAACCCGCCCUACACGCCCAAGGUGGUUGGAGGUCGGCUGAACUCGGGGACUCUGUGCAUGUCAGCUCAGCAGAAGGCCUCCUCUCACUACAACCUGCACAAUCUGUACGGACUCACAGAAGCUCACGCCACGCACAGCGCUCUCCUGGCGGUCCGGAGGAAGCGCCCCUUCGUCCUGUCUCGCUCCUCGUAUCCCGGCAUCGGACGCUUCUCUGGGGUUUGGACGGGAGACGUGAGAAGUGACUGGGAGCAGCUUCGGCUCUCUGUUCCUGCGGUGCUGCAGUUCGGCCUGUUCGGCGUUCCUCUGGUGGGAGCAGAUGUCUGCGGCUUCGAAGGCGACACCACCGAGGAGCUGUGUGUUCGAUGGAUGCAGCUCGGCGCCUUCUACCCGUUUAUGAGGAACCACAACGACAAACCCAACGCUCCUCAGGAGCCCUAUGUGUUUGGGCAGAAGGCCCAGGCGGCCAUGAGGACGGCGCUGAACCUCCGAUACUCUCUGCUGCCGUUCCUCUACACGCUCUUCCAUCACGCACACACUUCUGCUGACACGGUGGCCCGGCCUCUCUUCAUGGAGUUUCCGACCGACCCGAACUGUCAGACCAUAGACAGACAGUUCUUGUGGGGGAGUUCGCUCCUCAUUAGUCCGGUUUUAGAGCCAGGGGCAGUGGAGCUGGCUGCAUACCUGCCCGCCGGCACCUGGUACAGUCUGCACGAUGGCCGGCCGUUCUACAGCGGGGGUCAGUAUCUGCUCCUUGAAGCCCCUCUGGACACUAUUAAUGUUCACGUGAGGGAGGGACACGUCAUCCCCCAGCAGGAGCCUGCUCUGACCACCACAGCCUCCCGCGGGAACCCUUUCUUCCUGACGGUGGCGCUGUCGGCGGGCGGCUGGGCCCGGGGCGACUUGUUCUGGGAUGACGGCGAAAGUCUCGACACCUUUGAGACGCAGAAUUACUGUUAUGUGGUCUUCAUAGCCGGACAGUCUCAGGUGGUGAGUGAGCCGGUGGACCUGAACGGAGCCCUGGACGGUCUGGUGUUGGGAGGCCUGCAGGUGUUCGGAGUUCCUUCACCUCCUCGCUUCGUUUUAGCAAACGGGGAGGAAGUCCGAGAUGUUACGUAUCGCGCUGACACUGAGGUUUUAACGGUAACUAAUCUGGCCCUCCCCAUGUCAGAGGUGUUUACAGUCCAGUGGGCUCUCUGAUGCUCUGAAUCUCUUCACACGUGGGUGUUCGGACGCCGUCUGGACCGAAAAGAUUGUUUGCAUGUUUCUGCAGUGACACCAGCAGAUAAGUCUGAGCGAUCACAGCCACACCAGAGCUCAUGAUGCAGCUUACAGUUGUUCUGUCAAGCUCUGCAAGCAGCAGGUUUGUAAAAGUGGGACGAUUUCAGAACACAGAAGGCGUCAUUUAGAUGUCAGGUUUGUUUUUGCUGCUGAACUACAACAGUUUGAUGCCAUCUGAGUGUAUGUUGUUGUAUAACUGCUUUUAUUUGUUUGUAUUUUUUUAAAAAUUUCGUCUAUAUUUUUCUAAAAUGUGAAUAAAAGUGAUUUUAACAGAUAUGUAUCUCUGCAGCAUUUGCGUUUUACUGCAGAAAUGCUCCUGGAUGUUGUAUUUACUGCUUCAUGCUGUCUUCUCUAAAACAAAAUCCAUUAUGCAAUAAUUUGAAUAAAUUAAUAAGUGUGAA